GAGCAAGACAAAACGUGUGUGAGUGAGAUAAAGAAAUGGUUUGAAAGAGAUCUGAUUUGGUUUAGAAGAUUUAUAUUUCUAUUAUAAACGUUUGAACUUAAUCAUUUUUCUUGUUCACGUUUAAAUUGCUUGAAUAAUUCAUCUUAGUUUUCACUUUAUGCUCUGAUUACAUAACAUAAUUAAGCUACUAAAUUACAUUGUUUUUGCUCCUUUUUUAUCCCCCUGAGUCAGAAAUAUUUCAGUUUUCUUUUUACUUGUCCCGCAAAAAGAUGACGAGCCAAAAAUCUACAGUUGGCCUAGUUACCGGAGGCUGUAGUAAAAUUGGCACCCAUAUUACCAAGUGGCUCCAUUCUCACAAUUACAAUCUGUGUAUUCAUUACUCAUCAAACAAAACCAGCGCAGAAAAGUUGGCGGAAGAACUCAACCAAUCAAGACCAGAUUCGGCCUUCAUCUAUCAGUUGAACUUCGCUUCAUCGUCCAUCUCAGAAGUACAAAAGAUGGUGGACGAGACUGCGAACAAGUGGGGACAAUUCGACCUCCUAGUCAACAACGCUUCAGUUUUUAAUGGCACAAGCUUAGAGGAUGGCCAAUUAUUCGAAGCAGAUUAUGACCAACAAAUGACAGUGAAUGUCAAAAUUCCAGCGCUGCUGAUUCAAAGUUCGAUUAAAUAUUUGAAGGUUUCGAAGAUUGGAUGCAUUGUGAACUUAUGCGAUGUGCAUGGCUUGCGUCCCCUCCAUGGGUUCAUGUCUUACAGCGUCUCCAAGGCAGCCAUUAUUUCUCUCACUCAAUGCAUGGCUAAAGAAUUGGGCGAAAGUUAUGGAAUACGUGUGAACGGGAUCUCUCCCGGGGCUAUUUUUCCUGCGCCUCCUGGAAUCGAAAGUUCAGCUGUCGCAAUCAGCAAAAACGUCUUCAAGAAGUUCGGAAACGUCGAGUCAAUUUUGUCAGCUUUGAAGUUUCUGUUGGAAAGUGAUUUUGUCACGGGCCAGAUAAUAAAUGUGGACGGAGGAAGCAGCUUGAAUCAGUGAAACUGACAAAUUAAACGCCGUGAACAAACAGCUAAUUCAACACUUACUCUAUAUUUUUCUUGACUCAACACGUGAUAAAUCUCGAGUUUUUCUGUCAGCUAAUGGCUUUUACAAGAUCAAGCAUGAAACCUAAGGAUGUUUUGAUGUCAAUAGAAUAUCGUGAACAAAAAUAAAAAUCUACUAGUGCUGUAGAAGAGUUAAACUUAACUAAUGGGUUCACAACACUUUUUUUGGUUCCAAAAAGGACU